CCCAUAGUGCACCUGUGCACACCCUUGGCAGUGAAAUGCAAGGCGUAAGCCUGGCGUAAGCGUAAGGCGUUCUCGCUGAGGGUGAGGGGGAUAUAUCGAUAAACUAACAAGUUUCUAUGAUUUGGCGAUGGCAAGGAAACUCGGGAUCCGCUCCGCGUUAACUAGAUAGGAGUGUCGUGCAUUGUUAGUGAUAAAAUCGCCUACAAAAUAGGGACUUCGGCCGCGGGCGACGGGCAGCGCGAUCCUUAUCAGUGCUGCUUGGCCACCAUAUUUCUCGAGAUCGGGCCCGAUGUCAUGGGUUGUUUUGGAAGUGCGAGCUCAAAGGCGGACCAAGAAGAAAGUAAACGACGGAAGGAAGCCAACAAAAGGAUAAACCAACAAAUACAGAGGGACAAACAGGUGUACAGAGCCACACAUAGGCUCUUGUUGCUCGGUGCUGGAGAGUCUGGUAAAAGUACUAUUGUAAAGCAGAUGCGGAUACUUCAUGUCAAUGGCUUCAGUCCAGAAGAAAAAAUGCUUAAAAUAGAAGAUAUAAAAAAGAAUAUACGAGAUGCAAUAUUAACGAUUACGGGUGCUAUGAGCACACUGACUCCACCCAUUUCUUUGGAGAAACCUGAGAAUCAGAGCAGGGUUGACUACAUUCAAGACGUCGCAUCACAGCAUGACUUCGAUUACCCACCAGAAUUUUAUGAACACACUGAGAUUUUAUGGAAGGACAGAGGUGUCCAAGCAUGCUUUGAGAGAUCUAAUGAGUAUCAGCUCAUUGACUGUGCAAAAUACUUCCUAGACCAAGUGCAUAUAAUCAAACAACCUAACUAUACUCCCUCAGAGCAGGAUAUUUUAAGGUGUCGUGUCCUCACUUCUGGUAUCUUUGAGACCAGGUUUCAGGUGGACAAAGUAAAUUUUCAUAUGUUUGAUGUUGGAGGUCAGCGUGAUGAACGUCGUAAAUGGAUCCAGUGCUUUAAUGACGUCACCGCUAUCAUCUUUGUUACUGCAUGCAGCUCCUACAACAUGGUUCUAAGAGAAGACCCAACACAAAAUCGAUUGAGGGAGUCUCUAGACCUCUUUAAGAGUAUCUGGAACAACAGGUGGCUGCGAACAAUCUCUGUGAUUUUGUUCCUAAAUAAACAAGAUCUGUUGGCAGAGAAAAUCAAGGCAGGAAAAUCUCGCUUGGAGGAAUAUUUUGCAGAUUUUUCACGCUAUCAGACUCCUGGGGAUGCAACGUCAGAGCCCUCAGACCACCCAGAAGUGGUUAGGGCUAAGUACUUCAUCAGGGACGAAUUUUUGCGCAUUAGCACAGCAAGUGGGGAUGGUAAACAUUAUUGUUAUCCACACUUCACCUGUGCUGUGGAUACAGAGAACAUCCGCCGAGUGUUCAAUGACUGCCGCGACAUCAUACAACGUAUGCACCUACGACAGUACGAGCUAUUGUGAUGGCCCGCAACCUCAGUGCUGCCUGUGAAUGCUAGUGAACUGAAUGUACGUACGUAUGCAUGUGUCUUGAUGGUUUUUCUUUGUUGUCCUAAUUUCUCUCAAAAUUUAGGUUACCGUGAUCAAAUGUGAUGUCAUCAAUUCAAAAUUAAUACCUGAUCAAAGUUGUUUUUUUUUUCUUUUUCAUUUUCUCUAGUCACAGUGUUUAUAGUACUGUUUUAUGUUUUCUGGGGAAGGGGUAUGAAUGAAUCAAUCAAUAAAUGUUGUAUCUAUUCAUAUGUAUACAUGUACGUGUACUACUAUACCUGAAGCUUUGGUAUGGGUGUACAUGUAUAUGUAUAUGUAAAUAUGUGUGUAAGUAAAAUGGUAUUUUGUGUGUCUGCUUGUGUGCCACACUGAAGUGUGAAUGUGACAUAUAAGAACAAAUUGUAUUGAGUUUGAGAAUGUGUGAUGUAUGUGAUGAAUUAACCAUCGAUGGAGAGUGAAAUGAUUUUAAACAGGCAGAGAAAGAGAUGGGCUGGCCUGAUGUUUUGGCAGGCAGCGAUAGGAAGAACCAAAGUGUAUAUAAGUCUUACCUCUUGUAAUGUGAAUGUGUGCACAUUGGCUGGACUGUUCUCUUGUUAUCUGUAUUUGUAUGUUUAAUUUUCAUGUCUAUUUAUUUUAUCUUGCACAAAAAUUGAAACAUCACAAAUAUUUAAUGAAGUAGUGUUCCUUGAUAUACCUAGCCAGGGUUCAACAUAGCAAGCAUUUGCGUGGUCAAAGCAUGAUUGGCAUGAACACAAGCUGUUCUCUAACCUUUAAUCUGUGCCAGAAACAUGCUUGCGCAUUUUCCCCCCUGUAAUUAUUUUAAAGUGACUUUGCUGAUGAACAACAUUUUUUUAAACUAUAAGUUUUUUGUAGGUCUGCCCUGGUAGAACAAAAAGUCAAGGUUCUUUUGCCAAUUAAACCUGCAUUUGUAUUCGCACCUCGAAUUCAGCAGAACUCAGCCAAGCACAAAAUUUGGAAUCAUCUGUUCUUUCUUGAUCUUCGUUUAUUGUUUUUUGACAUUUGAAUAUUGUUAGAUUGUGAUGUGUCAAGAACUGUGUUUGCCUUUAAUGUUGUCAGGGAUUUAGUCACAACUAAUGCUUCAAGGAGUGAUGUUUGAACAAAGAUUUGCAAUAAUUGAAGAUUUGUUAUUCUAACAUCUGUUUUUUACAUGGAGCAGAUCUUUUUUUUUUUUAAUUGAAAGACUUUUGACCUUUUGAGGGUCAGUUUCAUGGUUGUCAUUCAGACAAAGCAUUGUUAUCUGUUGAAGGUGUGCGUCAGUUUCAUCUUUUCCCUUUGAUUUUAAAUUACUCCUUUUAAAAAUUAAUCAGCACUGUAUCACAAAUUUAUCAAAAUUGUUUUCAUUUGAAACUUGCCAGCUCUUAUUGUGCCAUCCCUCAUCAACUGAUGUGAGAUUUAUAGUGAGCAAGUUUCAAUGCCAGGUCUAUGUAAGGAUGUAACACGCAACCAGUAAACACGACAGAGAAGCAAGGCUGGACCAAACUUCAUUAAAUAACUUGUCCUAAGGUAACAUCUGUAUUAUUAGUCACCCUGCUUUAUUGUAUUGGUAAUUGCAGCAAUCCAAAUUCCACUUUUGGAUGCUGUCAUUAUUCAGUUUGUUCCUGUGUGUUAAUCAGUGCUAAUUCAACUUCCAUUUAGUAUAUAAAAGCUCAAUAUAACAAGGCAGUACUAACUUUUUGGUUUUCUGCAUUGCACAGUAGCUCAAUCAGUGCCAAACUGGGGGUUCUUAUCCUUACCUUUUGAGCUUUCAGUUUUAAAUAUCUGCAUUCUCAGUUUGACUUUGAUUUUUUAAGAAUCAUAAUUUUUCUUGUUUGAUUUCUGUUCUGAGUGGACCACAAUGCACACCUCAUUGUCCAGGCUUUCACCACAAUAGUUCAGUCAUUGUAAAAUUUUCUUUUCUUCUAGUUCUGAAGUCAUUGAAGUCACUUUUUUAAAAAUCUUAUUUUAACUGACUUAUUCUUGAAAAUUUUUGUUUGUCAUUAACCAUUCAUCUAAAAACAAUCUGAGGAAAUUUUCAAUUUGAGUUAUAGAAACGAUUUUCUUGUUGCCUGAACUCUCUCCGUCCUUAAGUCGUCUGUGUGUGUGUGAGAUUUAAGCCAUCAUUCAUUCUGAUGCAUUAAUUUUAUCUUCCUGUGUAACAAUGAAUAUUUAUUGCAAUGUGGGAGGGAAGGAACAUGAGGAGACAUUUUCAUUGGCAUAUUUUCAACAUGGUACUGUUGAAAAUGCUGUUUUUAAUUUUUCUUUUUUCUUUUUGAAAAAAAUUUGUUUUAAAAUGUUUAUACUUUUUUUUGAAGGAUUGUAUCUUCUGAUAUGUGCUAGAAUAUGAGUACUCAGGUCUAAAUGAGAGUAAUGCUCUUCGGUGCAACUACUAGCAAUAAUUAUAAAUCCAAAUUGUAAAUUUGUAAUUGUAGCCCUUCUGAGUACUGAUGCAUUUGUCAUUGCAUCUUGUAGUUGAAGUGAUCGUACCUUGAUGUUUAUCCUAAUUGCUCCUCUUCAAUUUGCUCUUACAGACUUCCAAUUCAUGUUGUGAGUAUUUGGUCUGCUUUUCUUUCUAAAAGUUACCUAAAAUCACUGUGCUUGUAAUGUUGAUUGUGAUUAUGAACUUAAAAAGUAGGCGUUACCCUGUUUUGUUUAUCCCUAUCCUGAGGGUUUAUGUAUUAAGAGUACAUACAUCAUGGAAUACAUCCUUUUAAAAAAUGUAUACUUUUUAUAGAACAGAUACCUUCUGUUUUUGUGGCGGUAUUGAAAUAAUAGGCAAUGAUGAUAAAUGAUGAUUCUCUGCAUUGAAUUGGCAAUUUUAAUAUUAUUAAGGUGAAGCCACAACACAUUCCAGUUCAACAGAAAGGCUUGUGCUUGAACGUGAAACUUGUGGCAUUUGUACAACAUAACAUACUCAUAAUGCAAACCAUGUACCUUCUGUUAGAGUUCAUGUUUCUAAAAUGAUUCAUCCCAUUCUCUUGCAUGUUGUGAAUCUGUACAGUACUUAGUAUUACUUAUACUAUCUUGAUGUGAAUUGUCUUCAGUCUAGGUCCCGUAUGUGAGGUCAGCCCUGGUAUUCAUGAGCUUUUUUGGGGGCUAUACUUGCGACUCGCCAAGCUUUCCUAUAUUUCAUGGAUGUUUGUAUUAGUGAAAUUGGGGCAAAAUUUCUGAAAUCAUUUGUUCUUCACAUUAGCAUGUGCCUGGAAAACUUCAUUUUUCCUUCAUUGUAAUGAAUUUCAGUCGUUUCUAAAAGUGAAGUUUCAUGUGAUAGAAUGUAUAUUGUCUCAUAAGAUUCUUUAUGUGGUUUUUAUCACACUAAAUUUAUUUAUUGUCUAUCAUAAAGUUGAAAUGAAUUUUUAUCAGCCCUGUGGAAUAGUUUCUCUUUUGUCAGAUUCAUGCCAAAGGUCAAUAUUUAUAGCACAAACAUUAUAGGUCUGCGUUUAAGUUUGUAUUGUUAUUUUUAUCAUCUUCAUUAUCAUUCUCAUCUUUGUUAUUAUUAGUAUUAUAUCUUUUAUUUUUUAUCAUUGUUAUUUGUCAUCACGUUCACAUCAGUCAUUCAUCUUUCUAAGAGACGUCCUCGAUUCACCAAGGUUCGACAAGUUAAUAAAUGCUAUAAAACCUCUGUAGGAGCCCUGUGACAAAACAGAAGACUUAAUUGAGACUCUGGUACUACUUCCAGGUGUUUAAUGAACUUCCUUCAUUUGAAUGGUGAUUGUAUAAUUUCUUUCCUUUUUAAAUUUUUUACUGUCACCAUUGAAUUUUACAGACUUUUGUUAGGAAAAGAUAUUACACUAAGCUGCUAAUUUGGAGGAUUUAAAAAAAAAAAGGGUUUUCUGUUACAGUAGGAAAAAAAUGUCAUUGGGGUAGGGGUUUCUGCAAUGAAUUCAUUGCAUGACAUUAAAGAUUUCAACCCAUGGACCUGCAUGCCCUUUGUGUUUCUAAGGUCUGUGGUGUAUUGCUUCUUUUGUUACUAUUUUGCUCUUGUUUUCUUUAGUUGUCAUGACUUAAUUGUUGUGAAUCUCUGGUCGUGUGAAGACAUGUUACCAGGAAGGACAAAAAGUUGAGGACUCUUGAGAGCCCCAAGUGUUAAAUUCGUGAGAAAGAGCAUAGAGUUCCUUGAAAUUAUUUAACAUUUGGUCCCUAUUGUACUUUGAUGUGAUGAAGGACUUCUCUGAACAAAAUGUCACUAUCUGACGUAAUUAUUAUUUCUAUACUGUUGCAGUAUGUGUUGUCAUUUUACAUUACUAAAGUUGUCUCAUAAGAUACAUGUGAAAGCAUUGUGUCAAAGAUAUCCUGCCGGAUGCAUUUAUUGCAUAAGGCUUUUUCAAAAAAAAAUAUUAUUUUACGUUAUUGCAUUGUGAGAGUUUUCUUAACCGUUGCUUGGUGUGCCAUGGUUCAUGCGUUGCAAACAGAGUGAAUAAAGAGCAUUGUGUGCAUAAUUAA